AAGUUAGUAUUACGUAUUAGGGGAAUUACAGAAAACAACACACCUUAAGCAGGUAGAACGAAAGUAAACGGAGGAAAGUAAAAGACGCCAUUUAAGCCUCUUAACUGUGUGUUUAAACUGUCGCAUAUUUUGAGGUCUGAAAUGAGUCCCCCCACACUGUUUGGCAAAUGAGAGCAGGAGGACACUAAAAUGAGCCUCCAUAAAGAAAAAGUUGAUGAUGGCACUGCCUCUAAAUUGAGUUGUAUAUCUCCUGGAUCCAGCUGUGUGCAUGUGAAGUGUGAUCAGUCCACAAUGAAACAUCCCCUUAAACUCAGUAAUGCAGUGGUCUCUGACUUCAGAAGGAUAAAGAGACAGAGAUCAGAGUCUCCAGAACCCAGCGGUGUGUCUGUAAAGAGUAACUCAUCCAUGUUGGAUCCCCCUGAACUGAGGGAUGGACCAGUGACCUCUGACCCUCCCAGGGGGAAGAUACAUAGGCUGAUCAGAUACAUGCCGUCCUCUACAUCCAUCUAUCAGACCUGCAUCAGGCAAGACAACACUGAAACUGAAACUGGAGACCUGCAGAGAGUAAAAGACCAGCACAAAACUAGCAUGAAGAAAAAGUACGAGAGAUUAUUUGAGGGAAUCAAACUGCAAGAGAAUGAAACCCUCCUGAACAGGAUCUACACACAGCUCUACAUCAUGAAAGACGAGAGUGAAGGAGUGAAUGAAGAACAUGAGGUUUUACAGAUGGAGAAAACAGACAAAACACAACUCUCACAAUACACUCCAAUAUACUGCAAUGACAUCUUUAAAGCCUCACCUGAACCAGGAUGUGAGGAGAAUGAGCAGAUCAAGACUGUUCUUACUAAAGGCAUUGCCGGAAUUGGAAAAACCAUCUCUGUGCAGAAGUUUGUUCUGGACUGGGCCGAGGGAAAAGCCAAUCAGGAUGUAGAUUUCAUGUUUGUGCUUCCAUUUCGAGAGCUGAACCUGAUUCAACAUCACCAACACAGUCUUCACAGUCUUGUGCUGGACUUUCAUCCUGAACUUCAACAUCUCGACUCAAAGAUUUAUGAGGAGUGUAAAGUCGUGUUCAUCUUUGAUGGCCUGGAUGAAAACAAAAUCACACUGAUGUUUUCAGACAGUCAGAAAGUUUGUGAUGUGAUUGAGACUUCAUCAGUGGGUGUGUUGGUGUCAAACCUCAUGAAAGGAGAGCUGCUUCCCUCUGCUCUCAUCUGGAUCACAUCCAGACCAGCAGCAGCCAAUCAGAUCCCCUCCAAAUACAUCCACCAUCUGACAGAAAUCCAGGGAUUCAGUGAGCCUCAGAAGGAGGAAUAUUUCAGGAAGAGAAUCAGUGAUCAGCAUCAAGCCAGCAGAAUCAUCUCACACAUCAGAAGAGCAAGAAGCCUCCACAUCAUGUGCCACAUCCCCGUCUUCUGCUGGAUCUCAUCCACUGUGCUUCAGAAGCUCCUGAAAGAAGAUCUGAGUGCAGAAAUCCCUCAAACUCUGACUGAAAUGUACAUCCACUUUCUGCUGAUUCAGAUCAACAUGAGGAAUCAGAAGUAUGAAGAGAGAAAUCCAGAGAAACUCCUGCAGUCCAACAGAGAAGUGAUUGUAAAACUUGCUGAAGUGGCUUUCAAACAGCUAAUGAAGGGCAAUGUGAUGUUCUAUGAGGAGGACCUGGUUGAGAACAGCAUAGAUGUCACUGACGCCUCAGUGUAUUCUGGGAUUUGCACUGAGAUCUUUAAGGAGGAAUCUGUGAUUCAUCAGAGGAAAGUCUACAGCUUCAUUCAUCUGAGUGUUCAGGAGUUUCUCGCUGCAUUCUAUGUGUUUUCCUGCUAUUUAAUGAAGAACAAGGAACCACUUCAACUUCUGCGUGCUAAAUAUAAAGAUGACCAUGAAUAUGACUCUGACCCAGAUGUUGACGGUAUUAAUUUAGCCCAUAUAAAUUACUCUAACGCUGAGUACUUGUCUGAUGAAGACUCUUUGUAUGAUCUACUAACAUCAACAGUAGAUAAAACCCUCAAGAGUAAAAAUGGACAGCUGGAUCUGUUCCUGCGAUUCCUGCUGGGCGUCUCACUGGAGUCCAAUCAGAGACUCUUACAGGAUCUACUGACACACACAGAGAAGAGCUCAGAGAGCAUCAGGAGAACCACACAGUACAUUAAAGAGAAGAUCAAAGAUGGACAUGGACUGUCCACUGAAAGAUCCAUCAAUCUGUUCCUCUGUCUGCUGGAAGUGAAAGAUCAGACUCUGUCCAGAGAGAUUCAGGAGUUUGUUAAAUCAGACAAACACUCAGAGAAGUAUCUCUCUCCUGCUCACUGCUCAACAAUCGCCUACAUGCUUCAGAUGUCAGAGGAGGUGCUGGAUGAGCUGGACCUCAAGAAAUACAACACAUCAGAUGAGGGUAAAAGAAGACUGAUUCCAGCUGUGAGCAACUGCAGAAAAGCUCUUCUUGCUGGCUGUAAUCUCACUGGUCAGCAUUGUGAAAUUGUGUCAUCAUCUUUACAAUCCUCUGUCUUGAGAGAGCUGGACCUGAGUUACAAUGACCUUCAGUACUCAGUGAAUCUUCUUUCUCAUGGACUAAAGAGUACAAACUGCCAACUGGAGUUACUGAGAUUGCGGUUCUGUAAUCUCACUAGUCAGCAUUGUGAAAUUGCGUCAUCAGCUCUACAGUCCUCAAACUCUGUCCUGAGAGAGCUGGAUCUGAGUAACAAUAACCUGCAGGAUUCAGGAAUGGAGAUUUUAUCUCAUGGACUGCACAGUUCAAACUGUCGGCUGAAGAUAUUGAGAUUACCAUGCUGUAAUCUGACUGGUCAGUCCUGUGAUAUUGUGUCAUCAGCUCUACAAUCCUCAAACUAUGUCCUGAGAGAGCUGAAUCUGAGCAACAAUGACCUGCAGGAUUCAGGAGUGAAACUACUCUCUGAUGGACUGAAGAGUCCAAACUGUCAGUUGAAGAUACUAAGGUUGUCAGGCUGUAUGGUGACAGAAGAAGGCUGUGUUUAUUUGUCUUCAGCACUUAGUUCAAACCCUUCACACCUGAGAGAGCUGGAUCUGAGCUACAAUCACCCAGGACAAUCAGGAGUCCAGCUGCUCAACCACAAAAUGGAGGAUCCAAACUGCUCACUGCAGAUACUCAAUGUGGAUCAUGGAGGAGAGUUCAUGAUGACAGCAGGACUACGAAAGUAUGCCUGUGAUCUCUCACUGGACCCAAACACAGCAAAUACUCAACUCAUCCUGGCUGAGGACAACAGAAAGGUGACACGUGUGAAAGACCAUCAGCCAUAUCCUGAUCAUCCUGAGAGAUUUGAAAAGGUUCCUCAUGUUUUGUGUGGAGAGAGUCUGACUGGACGGUGCUACUGGGAGGCUGAAUGGUGCAGAGAUAAUGCAGAAAUAUCAGUGACAUAUAAAGGAAUCAGCAGGAAAGCAGGUGGUGACUGUUGGUUUGGAUACAAUGAGAAAUCCUGGAGUCUGAUCUGCACUGAUGAUGGAAUUACUGUGUGGCACAAUAAUAAGUUCACUGACAUCUCUACCCCUUCACCUUUUUUUAAUAGAGUAGGAGUGUAUGUUGAUGUGUUGGAUGGCACUCUGUCAUUCUACAGUGUCUCUGACACACACACACUCACACAUUUACACACAUUUAACACCACAUUCACUGAACCCCUCUAUGCUGGUUUUAAAGUUUCUCCUGAUUCCUCAUUGUCUCUGUGUUGGAUUACACCAGAAAUGGGCUCUCGAGUUAGAGACUUGGACUCAAGUCGCACUCGAGUUGCAUUUUAAAAGACUUGAGACUCGAUUCCAGACACGACCUGAAAUGACUUUUGACUUGACUUGACUGAAUAAGAAGGACUCGUGAAUAUUUUAACCACAACUCCAGUCUUUUAUCCUUAACUACUGAUAUCCUAAAGAAAGAAAUCAGAAUUUAUUUAUAUGCUUUUACUAUAUCGGCAUCACGUAUUUCCUUGUUGAUGUAAAUGGGACUCUUAUCAUAGUAUUUGAAUUUGUGUGCCUGUAUAUUGUGUGUGGAUUCUGAAAUGUCAGAAUUUUAUGAAACAAACUGUUAUGUUAGUGUGUCAGAAUCAGGACGUAGAAUCACUCUUAGAACGCAUCACAUCUUAGAACACAUCCACAAAGUUUAGUAACAAUAACUCUAUAUACACUCAAAAAAAUAGCUUGUUGGUCUAACUUAAUAAAAUCAUGACACAUAUUUCCACGCAUUUAUACUGAUUUAUUUGAACUUAAAUUAAGUUAAAUGUACUGAGUAACAUUCAUGCUAAUUUAAUGAGAUCACACCAAUUUCAUUUGACAUAUUCUGUGAACAUAAUUCACUCUUGUUGAUCCAACCAGUGUUGUUGCUGUUCAGACUGGUGCCUUCGUGUAGAGUUGCGUGAGUUUUCUGCAUUUUUAUGAAAAUGGAAAGGCCUGUUAGAGUUUAAGUUUUUAAUGUUUAGUUGUUUUGAACAUUUAAAUUAGUCCAAACAACAUAAAAUGAUGGGGGUUUUGUUUUGUUUUUUGGUUACAUUGUGGUGAAGAGUGAAGCUUGUGCUUAGGUUGUCAAUAGCUUUCAUACACGCUUGUAAAUGUUCUAUGAUCGUUUGAUUGUGAUGGGGUAGAAAUGCUGACAAUAUAGAUUGUGUAAAUAAC